AAAAGGGUCAUUCAAUCAUCCAUCGCAAAGGAGGUGUGCCAGAAAAGUGUCUUGGAAGUCAUGAAAAAUGGAUCCUGGUUACCUCAUAAAAUGACAGGUAUUCAAAGACAAAAAAUUGAAAAAUUCCUCAAAUAUGCAAGAAAUGGACAAGGAAUUCCUAAAACAUUACAAAGACCAGAUAAAAAGUGUGGCAAUUUACCCUAUAUGGGACAGAAAGGCAAUUUUUUCAGAGCACUGUGCAAUCCCAAAGGUUCCACCCCUUGUUGUGAAAAUAAUAAAUGUGUUUGGAAAAGUUUAGAAGAAUGUCAAUGUUCUAAUUGUUUAGAUGAAAGACAAUCUAUUCAUGCUGAAUAUUCACAAUGGAUACCAACAGAUAAAACCUGUUCUAUCCGAUAUUAUAAUAGUCAGGAGGUCUGCAAGUUAUUAAAUGGUAAAACAAUUCUGAUAGUAGGUGACUCUUACAUGAGACACUUGUACACUGGACUCUUAUCAUUCUUAAGAAAUAAUAGCCAAACUGGAGCACUGGAAAGAAAUCCAAAACAGAAUAUACUAAAAGAGUGCAGUGGUAUGUAUGUGUUUACAGAAAAAGUGUGUCGAGGUCACAUUGAUAGAAAUCCCAAAAAUAUCUGCUCUGGUAAAGUAAAUGUAAUCUUUAAGGAACAUUAUGAACUCAGAUUUGCAAAGCAAUUUAAAGAAGACGUUGACAAUAUUACCAAGAGUGAAUCAACACUAAUUGUGUGUGGAAUAGGACUUCACUCUCAAAUGCAAAGUCGGAAAAUUCUGAAUGACUAUUUAAUGCCAGUUUUAAACAUUUUGAAGACUCGACCAAAAUCUAAGCUUUUAUUUGCAACACCCCAUGCUCCUGGACUUUUAAAGAGUCCAAAAUUUCAUCAAUCCUUGGACAUAAUAUUGAAAUUUAUUUCCGAAAUGGAAUUUCCAUUAAAAAAGAUGAAUAUUCCGGUUUUUGAUACUGUUCCGAUGACGAAAAAUAUUGUGAGUUUUGAUGGAAAUCAUUAUGGAUUAGGGCUAAACAGACAAAAAGUUCUGUUUUUAUUGAACUAUAUUCAGGAAAUUAAAGAACAGGGAAAAUGGUGAAAAUAUGUGGGUGAACGGUUAUUCAUUUAUCUUUAUUUAUCGUAUAUUACAUCUAUUUAUUUAUUUUGAGUUACCAAAGAAAUAUAUUCAUGUUCCCGUG